AUGAGUAAUUUACCUUAUAGAAGUAACGAUCCAAAGAAAUCAGAAUUCUUAAAGGCACUUGAUGAAUUUACGGUAAAUUUGGAGUGUAUAAGCAUUGUCAAAGAAAAUCAAACUUUUUUGAAUUUAAAAUGUUCUGAUAAAACAAGCAUUCAGGAGACAAUAAAUGAAACAUUUAAAGAUUCUAUUAAUGUAAUUGAUUUCGGAAGUUUGGGACAUUCGGCACCAAUUUUAUCUUUUAUUAUCGAUUUUGAUGAUCCUGAUCAGCAAAUUUAUGAUUAUUUUCGUUCAAAGCUUGGUGAUAAAUACGAAAAUUUAAGUAAAGUAAAAGAAAUAACCUUUUUAGCUGAAAUAGAUGAAUUUUUAACGAAAUAUGCUGAGAAUAAAACAGCAUCGUCAAUGAGUAUUAAAAAUGAUAUGGUUAUUGCAGCCAGUAAUCUUUUUCUUCAAAUAUUGCAACAAAAUACACAGUUACAAGCUUACAAACGAGGUAACAAAAUGGACGAAGGAACAUGGGCAAAAAUUACUGUAGAUUGCUUAGUCGAAGCCAGUGUU